UCUCUCUCUAGAAAGCACGCCACUUGUCGCUCCCUCGUUCCAUCACCUUCGCGUCAUCAAGGUCCCUUCCCUCCCAUCCGACAGUCGCUCGCCGAUCCGUUUCUCCGCGCCCGCAGCCGCAUCGCCAUCGCCAUUCGCGCAGACGUUCUCCGUGGCUUGCUCGGGUGAAUCGCCGGCGACCAGGCGGGGCGAAACAUGGUGACGUUCACGGUGUCCAGGGUGGAAACCGCGCCCAUCGAUGGCCAGAAGCCCGGCACUUCCGGUCUCCGUAAGAAGGUGAAAGUGUUCGUGCAACCUCAUUACUUGCAAAAUUUUGUUCAGUCAACGUUCUAUGCCCUUUCUGCUGAAAAAGUUAGAGGAGCCACACUUGUUGUUUCUGGAGAUGGUCGCUAUUAUUCUAAAGAUGCAAUUCAGAUCAUACUGAAGAUGGCAGCUGCCAAUGGAGUAAGACGUGUUUGGGUUGGUCAGAAUGGUUUGCUAUCAACUCCUGCCGUAUCAGCAGUAAUUCGUGAGAGAACUGGGCAUGAUGGAGCUAGGGCAUCAGGUGCAUUUAUUCUGACAGCAAGCCACAAUCCAGGAGGUCCCCAUGAGGAUUUUGGGAUCAAGUAUAACAUGGAAAAUGGUGGACCUGCUCCUGAGGGUAUUACUGAUAAGAUCUAUGAGAAUAGCAAAACUAUAAAGGAAUAUUUAAUAGCGGAAGACCUUCCUAAUGUUGACAUUACUACUUUGGGUGUCACAAGCUUCACUGGACCUGAAGGGCCGUUUGAUGUUGAAGUCUUUGAUUCAGCUGUGGAUUAUGUAAAACUGAUGAAGUCAAUAUUUGAUUUCCAGUUGAUUAGCAAAUUGCUUUCAUGUCCGAAAUUCUCCUUCUGCUAUGAUGCACUACAUGGAGUUGCUGGAGCUUAUGCUAAGCGUAUAUUUGUGGAAGAGCUUGGUGCUAAUGAGGGCUUUCUGCUUAACUGCACACCUAAGGAGGACUUCGGAGGAGGGCAUCCAGAUCCUAAUUUAACCUAUGCAAAGGAGUUGGUAGCACGGAUGGGUUUGGGAAAGUCAGCUCCUGAAAAUGAACCACCCGAGUUUGGUGCUGCUGCUGAUGGAGAUGCAGAUCGCAAUAUGAUCCUUGGUAAAAGGUUCUUUGUUACUCCAUCAGAUUCUGUUGCUAUCAUUGCAGCAAAUGCUGUUGAAGCCAUACCCUACUUUUCUGGCGGUCUCAAGGGAGUUGCCAGGAGCAUGCCUACAUCAGCUGCCCUUGAUGUGGUUGCUCAACAUCUAAAUCUGAAGUUUUUUGAGGUGCCUACAGGGUGGAAAUUCUUUGGUAACUUGAUGGAUGCUGGAUUAUGCUCGGUUUGUGGAGAGGAAAGUUUUGGAACUGGCUCUGAUCAUAUUCGUGAGAAAGAUGGGAUAUGGGCUGUGCUUGCUUGGUUAUCUAUUCUCGCUUACAAAAAUAAGGAGAACUUAAGUGGAGAAAAGCUUGUAUCUGUUGAGGACAUUGUCCGUCAGCAUUGGGCGACAUAUGGUCGUCAUUAUUAUACCAGAUAUGAUUAUGAGAAUGUUGAUUCAGGAGCAGCAAAGGAACUGAUGGGAUACUUGGUCCAACUGCAAUCUUCUCUCUCUGAAGUCAACCAGAUUGUCAAGGGGUUUGUCCUGAUGCAUCAAAUGUUGUUCAUGCUGAUGAAUUUGAAUAUAAGGAUCCUGUUGAUGGUUCCAUUUCUAAGCACCAGGGUAUUCGAUAUUUGUUGAAGAUGGGUCACGACUUGUUUUUCGCCUCUCGGGAACAGGCUCGGAAGGUGCAACCAUUCGUCUUUACAUAGAGCAGUAUGAGAAGGAUCCAGCAAAAACUGGGAGAGAUUCUCAGGAAGCAUUGGCUCCUCUUGUGGAAGUUGCUCUCAAGCUUUCAAAAAUGCAGGAAUUUACCGGGCGAUCUGCCCCGACCGUGAUCACAUAGAUCCCGCUUUCGCUACAGUAAGAUUUUUCCGACCCCUCAUGUAAACAGUUUUGCGAGCAUGGUGCACCUUCAGAGUGUAUGGUUUUUCAUUCACGAGUCUUUUUUUUGCCUAUUUGGCCUGCGGCAUUGUCCGGCUAUGAAAUGCGACAUAAUUCUGGUGUCAGAAUAAAAUGACUCUGGCAAUAAUCCAGCUGAUGCAACCUGAUCGGUAUGUAAAAUCAAGAUGUGGAUUGCUUCAAUAUGUGCGUACUUCUAUUAACGUCCUGAUCUGGUUUUCAUCGUG